AAAUAAACGACCCCUUAAAACACAAAUGUCCUAUAAAAGAAGAGAAAAGUUGGACAUAAUCUCAUCACCAAAAGACACUCCCCCAUGAAUGCUUCAAACCUAUUUUUGCUCAGUGCUACAACAGCACUUGCACUUGUCUCAGUAAUUUUAGCCUUCGACUCCCAAAAUGUCCUCCCAAAAUCCGAAAUCAUGCAACUGAAAGGAGCAGUUGGACCAGAAAGCAUUGCUUUCGAUAGAAAUGGUGAAGGCCCAUACACAGGAGUUGGCGAUGGACGAAUUCUCAAGUGGCAAGGUCAAUAUUGGGCUGAUUUUGCAGUCACUUCUUCCCAAAGGAAAAAUUGUACCCGGCCUUUUGCUCCUGAAAUGGAGCAUGUAUGUGGAAGGCCAUUGGGUUUACGAUUCGAUACGAAAACAGGUGACCUAUAUAUUGCUGAUGCCUAUUUAGGACUCCAAGUUGUUGGACCAAAAGGAGGAUUAGCUACCCCAUUAGUCCAAAAAUUCCAAGGUAAGCCUUUAAUCUUCACAAAUGACGUCGAUAUUGAUGAUCACGACGAUGUGAUUUACUUCACGGAUACAAGCACAAAGUACCAGCGCAGGCAAUAUUUCACGUGUCUUUUAAGUGGAGAUAGUACUGGCAGGCUAAUGAAAUAUACUAAAUCAACCAAAGAAGUAACAGUUUUAUUAGGAGGCCUUACUUUUGCAAAUGGUGUAGCGUUGAGCAAAGACCGUUCUUUUGUGCUAGUGGCUGAAACUUCUAAUUGUAGAAUAUUGAGGUAUUGGCUUAAAGGCCCUUACAAGGGAAAACAUGAUACAUUUGCUGUGUUGCCGGGAUUUCCUGACAACAUUAAAAUAAAUUCGAGAGGGGAAUUCUGGGUCGCUUUACAAUCAUUUGCACCAUUGAUGAGUAUAUCAGAAUAUUCCGACUUGUUAGGCUGGCGGCAGCUGCAUGCUACUGCAAUGAAGCUAAGCGAGGACAGGCGAGUUUUGGAGGUUUUAGAAGAUGUCCAAGGCAAGACGUUGAGGUCUAUCAGUGAUGUUCAGGAGAAAAAUGGCAAGUUGUGGAUUGGUUCCGUUACAAUGCCCUUCGUGAGAGUUUAUGGAUUAUGAGUUUAAGUUAUAUAUAUCAUUAGUGUACAAGGUUUCUUACACCAGGUAAUCCAAAGUAUGUCAAUUACCUAAAGACCGCCCUACGAGUAAUUUAAGUUAUGUUAAUUUCAAGCUAUUAUGAUGAUUUUACUUUUUUGUUACAUAGCUAAAGCUUCUUUCAUUUUCCGUUUUGGUGGUUCAGUAAGGAUUGGCGUUGUUAUACCUGCAAAGUUAUCUGUCAGAUGUAUUCCUUCCAUUUCAUAAUAAUUGAUAUUUUUAUCUUUU